AUGGACGCCUCUCACAAUGCUUCUACUGGUAACAAAGACCCCGCAGUUCCGUCAGCCGCCAUGCAGCGGAUGAGGGAGCUGGCUGCUCGAAAUCCAGAUGUUGGUCACCGAUCCUUUGACAGCUAUCCGUGGACAAAAGAUAAUGUAUUCCAGUCUCAACUGGCAGCGGCAUUGCUGAGUCCGAGCAACUCGACUCCAGUUCAAACCGCUUUACAAUGUCGCAUCAGCCGGUUUGAGGAGAAAGUCGGCAUCAGGAUUGACGUUGCCAAAUAUGAGUCCUAUCGAGCUCAGCCGGGCCGACCUGAUGUAGAUGUCGUGCCCCAGGUCAUAUUAGAACAAGAGGCUCUAUACGAGCCGGAUGCUAGCAAACGCCUGUAUGCAGCUAUAGUCAAUGGCAGCCAGUCACCCCAAGACAGCGGAGAUCAAGACUUGCCUUCAUGGCAGCGCGCUGCUCCCAAGGCUGCCCUCUAUGUUAACAAAGAUGAAGCGGGCACUGCAGACGGCUCGGGUAAAGAACCAUACCCUAAGAAGUUUGAAGAAAUCCUGGCAUUUCUUCAGACUGGCGAAGAGAUGCCCGGUAUUGUCAAGAUACCCGAUACCGUCAUUGAGGAUGCAUCCAUCUCUACAACCAGUGGUCGCGCUGCACCGCUCAAACCUUGGGAAAAGAAAGCAGCCGCCAACAGCGAUCUGUCAAAGUAA